GAAUUUGAGUUCAGAAAAUGGCGGCCGCUAGCUUGGUGGUGGUAUGUGCUACAGCAAAACAUUAGAUUUUGUUGAAUGGUACUUUGAAAAUGUGUGUUUAUGUGAAUUAGGACGUUGUAAUAUAGUUUUUAACAUUUCAUAAUGACAUCUAAUAUGUAUCGAAUUGGAGACUAUGUUUAUUUCGAGACGUCCUCGACGUCGCCUUAUCAAAUCCGCCGAAUUGAGGAAUUGCACAAAACUAGUGCUGGGAACGUAGAGGCAAAAGUCAUGUGCUUCUACAGGCGGAGGGAUAUACCAAGUCAACUAAUUCAACUCGCCGACAAACACCAAUGUGCCUUAGACUCUGAAUCGAGUAGCAGUCCAGUGCUGGACGCCAGUGGCGGAGGCGUAAUUAGCUCCCGCGAACAACUGACUCCGAAGCAACGCCAUCAGGUUAAACACAGAGAACUCUUCCUAUCUAGACAGGUGGAAACGUUAUCCGCCACUCACAUACGUGGAAAAUGCACCGUUACACUUUUCAACGAGACCGAAUCUCUCAGUUCGUACCUCGGAAAGGACGACAUGUUCUUCUACUGCCUCGUGUUCGACCCCACCCAGAAGACCCUGCUCGCCGACAAGGGAGAGAUACGCGUCGGCAGCCGCUACCAGUGCGACGUGCCGCCGGCGUUGACGCGCGGCGACGGCGACGCUGCCGACGACCGGGGCGACGCGGCCGACCUAGAGACCCUAGUCUGGACGCCGGACCACGGCCUCACCGACCGCCAGAUCGACCAGUUCCUCGUCGUGUCCCGGUCGUUGGGCACGUUCGCGCGCGCCCUCGACUGCAUCUCGUCGGUGAAGCAGCCGUCGCUGCACAUGUCUGCGACGGCGGCGAGCCGCGACGUCACCCUCUUCCACGCGAUGGACACGCUGCACAGGCACGGCUACGACUUCGGCGCCGCCACCUGCUCCCUGGUGCCCGGCUCCGGUCCGGUCCUGUGCCGCGACGAGAUGGAGGAGUGGAGCGCCUCCGAGGCCAACCUGUUCGAGGAGGCGCUCGACAAGUACGGCAAGGACUUCAACGACAUCCGACAGGACUUUUUGCCGUGGAAGACGCUCAAGAACAUCAUCGAGUACUAUUACAUGUGGAAGACGACCGACAGAUACGUUCAGCAGAAGAGGAUCAAGGCGGCGGAGGCGGACGCCAAGUUGAAACAAGUGUACAUUCCAAAUUAUAGUAAGCCAAACGCAACUGCCAUGAAUAAUAACAAAGGAGGUGUGGUGAACGGAAGCAGUAACGGAGGAACAGAUUUAACGUCAUCUUUGGGCGGAAAAGCCUGCGAAUCUUGUAAUGUUACUGUAUCGAGUCAGUGGUAUGCUUGGGGUCCGUCGCACAUGCACUGUAGGUUAUGUCAGAACUGUUGGAGUUAUUGGAAGAAAUACGGAGGCCUGAAAAUCCCCACGCACUUCGGAGACGGCAGUGAUUACGAUGGCAAUGGGAAAAAAAGAUCGGGCAGCGAUCUGGAAGACGAUCGGAUAUCGCUGAUGGGCCAUCGUCCGCACAAGUGCAACAUCGGCGGCUGCGGCAAAGAGUUCAAGCUCAAGACCCACCUGGCCAGACACUACGCGACCUCGCACGGCAUAAUGGUCCGUUCCGGAUCGCCCAGGCCCAUCAUGAAGACGCGCACCGCCUUCUAUCUGCACACCACCCACCUGACCAGGAUCUCCCGGAGGCUGUGCAGGCACAUCAUGCGACCGAGGCACGCCGCCCGAUCUCCCUUCUCCCCCAUCAACAUACAGGCGGUCAAGAUGGAGUGCGGGGCUAGGAUGAACGGCAAGAGUAGCGACGAGCUCAGGAGGCUGUUGUUGUAUAGAAAGAGGAACAGAGGCAGCGUGACGCAAAUAGCGAACAGACUCGGAAAUCCCGGACAGGUGACCGCCCCAUGGUUGAUACUGACGGACAAGGACAGUCUCCCCAAACCGGAACGGGUCGCUUUUCCCAAACCUCCGAAAGCGCCUGACGGUAGCCUAUUGUACGACAGAAUUCCAAACAAGCCCGAAGCUGACAAGAUACCCUUGAACAACGUGCCAUCGACGCUCAAAAAGAGGGGCUACGACGAGAUGAACGGUGGACCAGAUAGUACAACGAUGAACAUACUGCCGCAAAUACCGAAACGGAUGACCAAGGAACCGGUGCAGGUCCAACGGCCGGAACAGUACCAGGCCAUGAUGCAGCAGCAGCAGCAACAGCCCCAGCUGAUGCCCGGACACGUGAUGUCGCGGCAUAUCGCACAAAUAAACGGCAAGCCGAAGAUCGCCCACAUGACGAGGACGGGAUCGGGCAGGAAACAGGUCAUCAGUUGGAUGGACGCGCCAGAUGACGUUUAUUUCAGAGCGACGGAAGGGAGCAAGAGAAUGAGGAGACAAGUGACAAUAACGGAUUUAAGACGCGCCGCAAGAAAGCCCUGGAGGCAGCUCAAAGUGAAAAUGGAAGAUUUACAAGUGGUGGUUCUUGAUUAAACGUUCGACCAAGUGUUUUUUCAGUGAGUGCUCAAUGCGUGCUUUGCAAAAACACAGUUUCUCAAAUGAGGUUGAGGGUCUUUUCGGAGAUGGUCGUCGAACGCAAAAUACCUGAGGUUAUCUUCUUGAUAUCGAAUUUGUUCAUUCGAAUUUCGAAGAAUUCCGUUUCUUUCUUCGGACAGGAGAAAAUUUCAACUAUAUGUAUGUCUUGGGAGGGGAAAAAGGAAAUUAUUUCUGAAGUCGUUGAUGAUAUUUUUUCGUGUGAAAAAAUAAUCGAACAUCACAUAUUCUCACGAGUAAUCUUUUUUGUAUUAUUUGUAUCAUUGGGAUAUAUUUUCUUUAAUAAAUUUUCUUUUCGAACCUACGAUGAUAGGAUUGGAAAAAAAAUUAUAACCAAGAUGCUUUGUACCUGAUCGGUUAAGUUGAAUAACGAACAUUUCCUUGGGUGUUUUGCUGGCGGCCGGCUCUGGAAAUGACGAUUUUCUAGAGCAAUAAACAAUUGUUGACCCAUUACUGUAAAACAGAGACUGAGAGAGUGAAUAAUCAUACAUGGCGAUGAUUUCUCUGCACAAAUGUCCCGUUAUUUGGGAGGUUAAUUUUACUAGUUUUACAUUUGUAUAAAUAUUUAUUAGUCUAUUUGUUAUUAUUUAUUAUUGUACAUAGUUCUUCUCGCAUUCUUGAUGAUCCCUUCGAAACAGAAAAUUGUAUCAAUGUAAUUUUCUCAUGUGUAAAAUAAAUACGUUUACCACAUUACAAAA